CUGUCGGGAAAAUAGUUUCUCUUCUCCGAUGAAGAGACAGAGCCGAAGGCCGUAGGAGACCACGGAGCUUACAAAGAUAAUGGAUGGUUGUUUCCAUAAACUCAACCCAUUCAAGAAGUAACUUUGAACUUCUUGCCUCGGGCGGUGCGGCGGCUUCUGAGAGCGUCUGCGCGGUUGCCAGGAAACCGCGACGCCGUGGUCCCAGUCUCUAGGCCUUGCUAGAGAUCAUGGCCAAAUUCGUGAUCGCGGGGAAAGCAAACUGCCCAUAUUAUGCUAAGGCGGAACUCCUGGCAGACUACUUACAGAAGAAUCUUCCUGAUUUUCGGAUUUUUAAAAUCACACAGCAUCCUGACAUGUGGGAGUAUUUUCCCGCAGGAGUGGCUGGAAGAGAUUUGUGAGGAGAACAAGUGGGAUCACAGUACCUCCCCCAUCAUCUGGAGAGAGCUGCUGGACCGUGGAGGCAAGGGCUUGCUUUUGGGAGGGUACAAUGAGUUCCUGGAGCAUGCCCAGCUUUACUAUGGUGUCACUUCCAGCAUGACAACCGACCUUAUGAUGGUCAUUGCUAAAGAGAACCUGCAGACACAUAUAGAAGAAGAGCUGGAGAAAGAAACUUUGAAAGACCUCAUCAGCCCCCUGCAGGUCUGGAUUGCCAGUGCAGGUGCUCAUGUGUGCUACCACAUAAUUCCCCUCUUGGCAAGUGGAGAAGUGUUUGGGAUGGACACGAAGAUCAGCCUGACCCUGUUUGACCGGGAGCAGAUGGAAGACUGCUUGCAAACCCUAGCGAUGGAAAUCGAGGACUUGGCGUCGCCCAUCCUCCACAGUGUCUCCCUGUGCACUAACACAGAGGAGGCCUUCCAUCAGGCCCAGGUCAUCAUCAUCCUGGAUGACAGCACAAGCGAGGAGGUGUACACCCUGGAGAGCUGCAUGAGAAGCAGGGUGCCCCUGUGCCGCCUCUAUGCUUACCUGAUGGAGAAAAAUGCUCACGAGUCUGUCAAGGUCAUCGUGGGAGGGAAAGUCUUUGUAAACCUUAAAACGGCCUUGCUGAUGCAGUUCGCCCCUCACAUUGCAGGCAACAUCAUUGCCGUGGCGCUGGGGGUAGAAGGACAAGCCAAGGCCAAGGUGGCCCGGAAGAUGAGAACAACCUCAGCCAACAUCAAAGAUGUGAUAAUUUGGGGCAAUAUCAGUGGAAAUAACUACGUUGAUCUAAGGAAAGCAAAAGUUUACAACUAUGAGAGCGCCAUUAAGGGACCUCCUGGAUACUAUCACUCUGUGUUAGGCAUGAUUUUUGACAGUGAAUGGAUAAGAAAAGACUUUGUGAUGAUGCUUCAAGAAUUGAGCAACACUGGAAAGGAAUUUGGAGGGAUUUUGGGUGCACACAGCAUAGCCACCACACUGAAGUACUGGUAUCAAGGCUCACCACCUGGAGAGAUUGUUUCCUUGGGGAUAAUGAGUGAAGGCCAGUUUGGUAUUCCCGAAGGGCUCGUCUUUUCCAUGCCUGUGAAAUUUGAGAACGGAACUUGGGUGGUUCUUACAGACCUUGAGGACAUUUCACUGACUCCGCAGAUAAUAAACAGGCUCGCAGACGAUCUGGUUCAGGAGAAACUUGUUGCACUCGGAGACAUAUUAUCUUUUCAGCCAAUUCAAGAAGAAAGUAAAGAUAGCACACAGUCCAGUAUAGGCCAGGAUGAAGAGAAAGAGCAAGCUGUGUCAGACGACUCUGAGGGAAAAUUUGAGGACCACCAAUAGCUCCAGCCAGAUCAAAUAUGAAGGAAUUGAAAUUGUAAGAAGUAAAGACCCCUGAGUAUCCGCAUUUAGAGAGGAGCAACUGAAACAGCAAUUAACAGCCCCAAAGUCCCAAUGUCAUCACUGUAUUGCCGGCAUCGAAUCCCGUUUUUGUUGAUUAUUGCAUGUCCCCCCAAACAAGUGGAUGCUUGUCGCUGUUUUAAAUAUCUUAACAUAGUGAUGUCAAUCAUUGUGUCUUUGCCUGGACAUCACCUGCUCCCUUCCACCUGACCAUCCUGGCACUCACUCUGUAGACCAGGCUGCCCUCAAACUCACAGAGAUCUGCCUGCCUCUGCCUCCCGAGUGCUGGGAUAAAAGGUGUGCGCCACUAUGCCUGGCUUCCACCUGCAUUUAUUAUCGUGGUAUGGGUAGAAGCAAGGCAGAAGCAUCUGAAACGCCCUGAAUUUCCAGAAAGCAAUUUGUACCCUAAAAGCUACUUUCUUAAGACACAAAGGCCAUGCUUGCUCUCAUCCUUAACACUGUGCCUCAACUGGUUGGUCCAGAACUAAAAAGAACAUAGUCAUCCAUUUAUUCUCCUCUCCUGUCCUCUCCCUUUCUUUCUUCCCCCACCCCCUCCACAUAUAGAUAUCUCCAUCCCUCCACAUACUAACAAAUUUAGCCAACACAAAAAGAUGAGUAGUUGGCAUCUGGGUCUAGUCAAUAGUGGUGAACUGGAAAGACUACAAAAUCCAUGAGAUCUUCUGGGCUAGUCGGGUCACCCACCUUCCAAAAACCCCAGAUGUGGGCCGUUUUUCUUCAGAAAUAUUUGGUAUUUCCAAGUUUUUGCAAAGUAUCUUUGCAACACAUUACAUAGUUUGGUUAAUAUUGACUAACUAAGCUUCUAUUACUUGACACAUGAUACGGUCUGAAUAAAUGGAAUUUUGUAGAAAAAGCAGAUUUUCACAGAAUCACACCAUAUAAGUAAAAAUGGCGAUCUUUUCUUAAAACGAUACUGCUCAACUCGAUGUUCUCAUACAUCUUCAACAUUCGUCGGACCUUAUACAAAUGUUGCUUAGGAACUCAUGAAAGCCCAGGAGACUGGUGAAACACUACAACCUUCUGUGCCUUUUGAAAAAGAAGCUUUUAAGGUACAAGUUGCUUUCUGGAAAUUCAGGGCAUUUCAGAUGCUUCUGCCUUGCUUCCAUACCACGAUAAUAAAUGCAUAAAUAAAUGGAUAAGUUCCAAACA